AAGAAAGAGACCGUUUAUCGAAAAGGGUAAAAGAGAGAGAAAAGCUGAUGUGUAUAUAGGCGUGAAAAAGGGGAUUAGGAUCGAGUCAAAAACCUCAGCCAUAAGCAAAAACAAGAAGAAGCUCCCAACUUGGACAUUGUAAGCCAAAAAAAAAAAAUCCUUAGCUACUCUUCCACUUUUCCUUUUCGAUAUUAGCUUUGUGAUUUGAUUUCUCAACAACCAUUCCUCCCGCUCUCAACAAAUUAAUAUAAGGGAGAGACCACCAAUUUCACCGUCAAUCUGGCUAUCGAGAAUUUGAGGUUGAGAAAGAAAGCGGUGAUAGUAUCACCGAAUCUGAAUCCGACGGAUCCUCAGGUAGUGUUGGAGAAAAGGGGCUCCGCCUCGGAGUCAGACUGUUCGGUGGGGCUGGAUUGCUUGCUGAGUAUAGUCAGGGCUCUGGGAAUGGGAUCGUGUCUUUCCGGGGACGGCGCUGGCCCCCACGGCGGCGCGGCCACCGCCCUCCCUUAUGCUUUGGCAGCAGCCGCUGUGGCCGAGCCGGAGGUGGGGGCUAACAAGCGAAGGAAGUCGGCCGCCAAGAUAAUGAAGAGGAACUGCUCAUUUGAUGCCAAGAUGGAGCUGUGGCUGCAUAGAAUUCCCAAGAGGUUGUUUGUGAAUGGUUCGAGCGAAGUUGCUUCUUUGUUUAGUAAGCAGGGGAAGAAGGGGAUCAAUCAGGAUGCUAUGAUUGUUUGGGAGAAUUUUGGUUCAAAGGAAGACACAAUAUUGUGUGGUGUUUUUGAUGGCCAUGGUCCCUUUGGCCAUAUGGUUGCAAAGAAAGUGAGGGAUUCUCUUCCUUUAAAGUUGUGUGCUCAGUUGCAACUAAAUAGUUUCCACAAGGAUGGGCAUCAUGAUAUCAUCAGUAGUGGCUUGGGAAGUCUGACCUCUGAAGAAAGUGCAUUGACAUCAACUGAUGGGGAAGCUGGGAUUCAUAAUCAAAAUCACACUGAUAUAAAGACAAUGAGAGAAUCAUUUCUGAAAGCAUUUAAGGUUAUGGAUAAGGAACUCAAACUGCAUCCUUCAAUUGAUUGCUAUUGCAGUGGGACAACAGCAGUUACCCUGGUCAAGCAGGGACGAGAUCUUGUUAUCGGAAAUGUUGGGGACUCUAGAGCUGUAUUGGGUACUAGAGAUGAAGAUGAUUUUCUCAUUGCAGUUCAGUUAACUGUAGACCUCAAACCAAAUAUUUCAAAGGAAGCAGAGAGGAUUAGGAAAUGUAAAGGGCGGGUCUUUGCCCUUCAGAAUGAGCCUGAGGUUGCUCGAGUUUGGCUGCCCAACGCUAACUCCCCUGGGCUGGCUAUGGCUCGGGCUUUUGGAGAUUUUUGCCUCAAAGAUUUUGGCUUGAUCUCUGUCCCUGAAAUUUCUUAUCAUCAACUCACCGAGAAGGAUGAAUUUGUAGUGUUGGCUACAGAUGGGGUCUGGGAUGUCCUAUCAAACAAAGAAGUUGUUGAAAUAGUGGCUUCUACCCCACCAUCUUCUGCGGCUCGAAAACUGGUUGAGUCAGCUAACAGAGCUUGGAAGUUCAAAUUCCCAUAUGCUAAGGUCGAUGACUGUGCUGUAGUUUGCCUAUUCCUCAACUCAAGUUCAAACCAUUACUCUGCUAUGGACCAUCCUGGUACCCUCUAGAUUGCCUCUUGAUUAUAUGUUUUAAGUUGGAGAGAAGGGAGUUUGUAGGCCCGUGUUGCAACUGCAGCAGCAGCCACCUACCUUUGAGCGGUAUCCUUGGUGCACUUCUCUCUUCAGAAGCCAUGUUGAUUUGAUUGAGCAGAUUUGGAAAACAAGGUCUCAAAAAUAAAGGGGAAGAUAAUUUUUUUAUGAUUCUUUUCUGAAAUAUAAAUUAUUGUCAAUAUUGUUUCCAUUCUUUUUAGGGGUUUUAUUAAGUUUAUUUUCAAGAGGGAGGUUGACGCAGCCUUAUUUUUGUGGCAGUGGUUAUUUUCCCCUAUCCCUCUAUCAGGCAUUGGUGAUUUAGGAGUUUCUGUAAAUCCAAGUUUUGGGGAGCUUUGUAAUUAGUUAUUUGUCAUUCAGGUUAGUGUGAUUUUGGAAAUUUCUUGGUGGCAGUUUCUGCUUUUGUGUUUGGAGGUCGACUUUUUGUUUGUAAUUCUAGGGCCUUCUGCUUUGCUGUAAUAUGUAAAACUAUUAUGUUUGAUCUUGUUCUUUGCUUUUGAGACUC